AAGAGGGCACAGUAUAAAGUUUCUUCAUUUCGAUUUUGGGUUUCUCUUUUGCGUCAAUCGUAAUGGCUGCUCUGCAAUACUUGGAAUCGCUGCGCAACGCACACCCUGAGCUCGCCGAAUGGUACAAUUCGCUCGCCGAUCUGUACCAGAAGAAGCUCUGGCAUCAACUUACCCUCAAGCUCGAGCAGUUUGUCGCACUCGCUGUUUUUCAGGCUGGUGAUGCGUUGAUUCAAUUAUAUCACAAUUUCAUCACAGACUUCGAGACUAAAAUCAACCUUCUGAAGCUUGCACAUUUUGCUGUUAUAGUUUCUCGGCAGUAUUCUGAAAAGGAAGCUGCUGUUGGUUAUCUUGGAGGGGUCAUUGAGAAGUUGCAGGCCACUAGAGAGCAGCGCAUAGAAGAACCUAUCCUUUACAUUAAGAUGCAAAUAGCAAUAUUCAAGCUUGAGCAAGGUGACCAGAAGGAAUGCAAGAAACUCCUGGAAGAUGGGAAGACUACACUUGACAGCAUGACAGAUAUUGAUCCAUCUGUAUAUGCUAACUAUUACUGGGUAUCAUCUCAAUACCACAAGACCCGCCAAGAAUUUGCUGAGUUCUACAAAAGUGCCCUUCUCUAUUUGGCAUACACAUCAGUGGAGUCUCUAUCAGAAUCAUUUAAGCUGGAUUUAGCAUUUGAUUUGUCCCUCUCUGCCCUUCUUGGGGACAACAUCUACAACUUUGGAGAGCUACUUGCCCAUCCUAUAAUCAAGAGCCUUCUGGGGACAAAAGUGGAAUGGCUUUACUAUAUUCUGCAGGCAUUCAAUUCUGGUGAUUUAGUGCGAUAUCAAGAAUUGUGUCGGGUGCAUAAUGCUGCUUUAAGUGCCCAACCAGCACUGGUUCAAAAUGAACAGAAGUUGUUGGAGAAGAUCAACAUUCUCUGUCUGAUGGAGAUUAUAUUCAGUCGGCCUUCAGAAGAUCGAACUAUUCCAUUGAGUGUAAUUGCUGAGCGUACAAAACUUUCUAUAGAGAAUGUGGAACAUCUCCUAAUGAAGAGCUUAUCUGUUCAUCUAAUUGAGGGUAUAAUUGAUCAAGUUGAGGGCACAGUGCACGUUUCCUGGGUGCAACCAAGAGUUCUGGGUAUUCAACAGAUCAAAUCCUUACGGGAUCGACUUGACAGUUGGACAGGGAAAGUACACACUGCAUUGUUAUCCAUCGAGGCAGAAACACCUGAUCUAAUCGGAUCGUGAAUUUUCUUUUAUUUGUUUUCUGCCCUUUGUAACAAUUUCUUAGGUUAAAGAGAACACAUCCUAAGGCGACAAAAGAUGAGGAGACAUCCAAGUGACAUGGGGCCAACUUUGUAUGCUUUAUUUGGGUUUACCAGCUGCUUUCUGAGUGAUUGCUGGAAGAGCAUCCCCUUUUACUUGGCUGAGAAAUUGUUGGUUCUAUGCUUGCAAACUUACAGACAUGGUAACUCAUUUCCACCCUGGCUGUUUUUACGCAUUAGAGUAAAUGACAGACUAUGUAUCUGGAAUUUUCUUUGAUACGGCCAUUUUUAUUGACUUUUACAAGUAUUUUUCAUUGAACAGUCCAAAGCAUUCUCACCUUCGUUCUUUUGCCCAAUUUUUCCUCACUUUGAUCUGGGUGGUACUAGUUGCUAUGAGCUGAAUCUUCCAACUUCUGUUAUUUUUGUGCGAGGCUGUUUUCUUGUAACAGCAAUAAAUUGAUCAAAUGACUCCAAUGGUGAUAGAGAUUAUAAAUGUUAACACUUUGUUGAA